AUCAGGGUUAAGGGUAAGGUUGGAUACACGAACUUUUAAUCCCAGUGAUCGAGGCGUGAUUUGUGCCUGAGAGGUUAAUAUCAGGGUGAAAUAGGACCACUGACAUACAGGGAAGUCAUUGGCUGACGCAGUAGUGGCGGGGCAUUGUAAAGUUAACUGUGGACUGAUAGCUAAAGCAAAAAUAUGUUUACUGAAAUGUUUACUUUGUAGCGCUAUUUGAUGAGACAUCGAACACGAUCGGAUACUCAAAUGACAACGAGAGCAUUAAUGGUCUAGCAAAGACGUAUAUCUGUGAAAAUGAAGUGAAAAGGGUGGUUUGUUUUGUUCAUUUAUGGUUUGGCAGCUGGCUUUUGUUCAGCUAGCGCUAAGCUAAAGUGAAGUGCGCUGCGUUGUCAUUUACUACCUGCUUUAAGUUAGCUAGCUGUUAGCUAUCAGUGCUCAGAGCUGAGUCAAGAUGAGCUCUUCACGGGAGAUAAAACAGCUGCAGAAAGCCAAGAGCAAAGCGCAGAACAGCAGGAACUUAAGAGAGGAAGCCAGCAUCUGCAAUCAGCUGGGAGAGCUGCUGUCCAGAAAUGGUGAUUAUGAGGCUGCCAUCAGGGAGCACCAGCAGGAGUUGGCUCUCUCUGAGGUGCUAAACGAUGUGAUUGGACGAGCUGUGGCCAAUCGUAAGAUAGGAGAGUGCUAUGCAGAAAUGGGAAACAUUGAGGCUGCUUUGAAACACCAGUGGUGUCACCUGGACCUGGCUCGCUCUGUCAGAGAUCAUGCUGAGGAGCAAAGGGCACUGGCCACUAUUGGGCGAACCUACCUCUUCCGUUAUGAAUCAGACCAAUCAAGGAACAGUUUAGAGCAAGCAGAGGAUGCCUUCAGGAAGAGCCUGGCCAUUGUGGAUGACCUUCUAGAAGGGACUGUGUCAGGGCGAGAGAUUAGUGAGAUGAAGGCACGUCUCUUCCUCAAUCUUGGUCUGGUCUGUGAUCAUCUGGGGGAGCCCAAACGUUGCAGCGAGUUUAUCCGACGUAGUGUCUUUAUUGCAGAGAAGAGUCAGCUGCUGGAGGAUCUCUAUCGUGCAAACUUUAACCUAGGCAACAUCUACUUCCGUAACGGUCAGAAGUCUAAUGCUGUGCGCUGCCUUGAACAGGCCAAAGAGUGUGCAAGGAAGAUCAAAGACAAGUUCAGUGAGAGCGAGUGCUUUCACUGCAUUGGCAAAGUGCAGCUAUCUCUGGGUGAUUUCGUAGCGGCUAGACGAUCUCUGAAGAAAGCUCUCUGGCUGGGUUCCCAGCAGCCACUGGACAGACAGGCAGUGAAGAAAGCUUUCAAAUAUGCGGACCAGGGCUGUAAAUUAGAGGAAGAGUUGGGGGAGGAUCAGAGCAAAAGACUUUGCUCCCAUCAGGCUGUGGGGCUGGCAGAGCAGCUGGGCGACCUUUAUUGUAAGGUUGGCUGUUACAGCAAAGCUCUGGAUGCAUAUCAAGCUCAGCUAAAGGGCGCUGAGGCAUUGGGAAAGCCUGCCAGGGAGUUGGCUGUCAUCCACGUGUCCCUGGCUGCGACCUACACAGACCUGAGACAGCACAGCAAGGCAGUGGAGCACUAUAGACAGGAGCUGGCUUUACGACAGGGCAGCUCUACUGAGGAGUGUAGCACUUGGCUGAACAUCGCAACAGCUCAGGAGGAGAGCAGCUGUGCCUUUGAGGAUAUAGACAGCAGCUUCAAUACGGCCUCACACUGCGCUCAGAAGUCUGGGCAGGCCAGACUACAGAAACGCGUGUUGAGGCUCUGGCUGGCAUCCCAGAGACGGCGUGGCUCAUCGAAGGCCGAUGACACUGAGGCGAGGCUGCAGGAGCUGUGUGCUGCUGAGGGCUGGAGUCCAGAUGGGAGCGAUGGCGAGGAGGAUGAAGAGGAGGAGAUGGACAACAGUGAACCUCUGGAUGACAGUGAUGUUGUUCUCUCACACUCAGAUGAUGAUUUGGAGGGUUAUGACAAGAUGGUACCGGGAAGGAGGAAGGCAGGAAGGUGGAACAAGAGGAAUGAGAAGGGCGAGACGUCUCUGCACAGAGCGUGUAUAGAUGGAAACCUGAAGCAAGUUCAGUAUCUGGUAGAACAGGGUCACCCAGUGAACCCAAGAGACUAUUGUGGCUGGACUCCCCUUCAUGAGGCAUGCAACCACGGUCACUAUGACAUUGUUGCCGUGCUGCUGGAGCGUGGUGCUAACAUCAAUGAUCCUGGUGGUCCCUUAUGUGAGGGAGUGACACCACUCCAUGAUGCCCUCGCGUGUGGCAGUUUAAAAGUCGCAAGACUCUUGGUGGAACGAGGGGCUUCUGUCACCCAACGCAACUCCAAGGGUGACACCGCCAUGGACACCCUGCAUCAAUGGCAGAGGACGUAUAGCAGAGAGUUGGACCAGGACACCAAGCAGGAGUGCAUCGCUACAGAGAGACUGCUGAGGAAGGCGCUCGCAGGGGGAGUGCCCGCUGCUCCGGCCCCAGCCAAGCCUUUCGAUGCCCUGCAGGACAGCCAGCUGUUUGAUGCUGAGAACUCAGAGCCCUCGUCCUCUGGAGGGGGCUGUUCAGUUAGCCAAGACUGGCCCCAGACCAACAGGAACUCAGAGGUGAAGGCAGUACCUGCCAGCCCCAAACAGUGGCAGAGCAAUGGCUCCUCACAGCGUCACAGAGCCAGGGGAACAGAGGCUGCUGUCCUGUAUGGGAAUAACAGCAGCUCCUCUGAAGACAGCGACUCUGACUGCCCGCUCAGUCCUCUCCGUCCCGUCCGCCCUAGAUUCAGUUUCCCAGCAGCCCCGAGUCAAAAGGAAGUUCCCCCAAACAAGGAAGCAAACACGAUCCCCAACUUGGGUCGAGAAAGUGUCAGGGAUGCUUCUGCGCCGUCUGUCUUUGCCCGAGAGGAGUACCACAGUGCCAUUCGAGGCUUAGGCAGCGCCAAAACUCGUCUCCACAAUCUGUCUCAGCCUCAGUUCUCCAGCACACCUGCUGUUUCAUCCAGCAACAAAUCAGCCCUGGUUCCUGAGGAGGAGUAUCUGGCUGAUGACUGGUUGGAGGAUGAUUUGGAGGAAAUGCAGCCGAAGAAGAAGAGGAGGCUUCGUGUGGAGCUGAAUGGGAUGAGGGGGGAGGACACUACCUUGUCUUCAACAGCAAGAGGUUCUGCAGUUCCUUCCUCCUCCAGCAGGAGUCUCUCUCUGAAAAAGAAUGGCUCUUUGAAGCCUCAGCAGGUCAAAAUGACUCAGAUGCCAGGGAUGGUCAGGUUGGGCAGACGAGAGGUCAACAAGUCACAUAGCCCCACUGCUACAGAUGAUGACGACAUGAGAGCGGAGACGCCUCCACCCCCACAAAUACACAUGCAGCCUCCAGCUCAAAUUUUGGCUCCCAUGACCACAUCACUGCCUCCACCAAUCAGAAUGAGGGUCAGAGUUCAGGAAGAUGUUUUCCUCAUCCCAGUUCCGCAAAGUGAGGCAGACUCCUGCACUGUGUUGUGGCUGUGUGAGCAGGCCGCUCAGCGUUACUACCAGAAAUGUGGCCUACUGCCUCGCCUCUCGCUGCAGAAGGAAGGCGCUUUGCUCUCCCCUCAGGACCAGCUGCUGGCUGUUCUACACACAAAUGAAGAGGUUCUGGCUGAAGUUUGCUCCUGGGAUCUCCCUCCCCUCCCUGAGCGCUACAAGAAGGCCUGUCACAGCCUGGCAGUGGAUGAGAACAAGCGUGUCACCCGGCUGUGUGAGGUGCAGGAUGGGAGCUCCUCGGUGUCGGUGUGUGGCCUCAGCUUGGCCCCCUCUUCCCUCAACCCGCUCCUUCGUGCCCUAAAACUGCAGGCCAGCCUCACCGAGCUGCGUAUUUCUGGCAACCGUCUCAGUGAUAAUCUUCUCCCUGAGCUGAUUGCCACAACAAUCACCAUGCCUCGGCUUCUGCUGCUGGACAUUUCUGCCAGUCACAUUACAGGGGAAGGGCUGGAGAAGGCUGUAAAUGCUUUAAAGGGACAGAGCCAUCCCGCCUUUCCGUGCCUGGAGGAGCUCGACCUCAGUAUGAACCCGCUGGGCGACGGCGUGUCAGAGUCCCUGUCCUGUCUGCUGUCCUGCUGCCCUCUGUUAGCCAAGCUGUCCCUGCAGGCCUGUGGCCUCACUGCUCGCUUCCUACAGCAGCAUCGGCUGCUGCUAGCCAGCGCUCUGACAGGCACAGGCCACCUGAAAUCAGUGUGUCUAUCCCACAAUGCAUUGGGCUCCACCGGCUUUGAGCUGGUGUUGAAGACUCUGCCUCUCCACUGUCUCACACACUUGGACCUGUCUGCUGUCCGCAGGGGUCCUGCUGACUACCCGCCGCUGGAACACCUAACCAACAUCCUGUCACAGGACGAGUGUUCACUGACCUAUCUGAGUCUAGCAGCUAACGGGUUGACCGACAGCAGUGUUGCCACAUUGGCCAGGUGCUUGCCUUCGUGUCCCACUCUGGUGAGUCUGAACCUAUCAGGAAACCCGUCUGUUACCUCAGCAGGACUUCACAACAUCCUGAUCUCUCUCAGGGAGGCUUGUCGACCUUUGACCCUUCUAAACCUACAAGGUUGUCAGGUGUCUGGCCCCUGGGACUGUGCAGGUCUGGAUGGUUUGUCAGAGCUGGUCAAGGAUCUCCGUCUCUGUUCUCAGGGACUCAAUAAGCUGGACCGGCAAGCCUUAAAGCAGGGCUGGGACAACAGUCGGUCACAUGGACACUUCAUUGACCGAAAAAGCAAGUGCCUGCUCUCUGCUGCAGCCUCCUCAUGAAGAGGGAAAAAUUAAACAUGCUUCAGAGAUGAUGGCACAACUUUAUCACUGACAGAAUUUUGAGCCAUGUGAAAUCAGUAGGUGCUAUUCUUUUAAGGUUUUGUUCAGUUAGCAGUGCUAACUUAAAUCUUCAAAAGGAGCAAACUGCACAAAAAAGAUAACCAGUGACAUGGCAUUCACAGACAUUCUGUGUAAAUAGCUUAUAUGUUUCAUGUAUUAUGUACGCCUUAUUCAUGUGUAUUUGUGAAAGUCUUAAGUGCAUAAAGACAGUUUAUGUUAGUGUGUUUGUGUCAUGAUGUAAUGUUGUCCUCAACCCACUGAAUUAUUAAAAAAAACAAUUAAAGUAA